CGACCAGACGUAUAGAUAUAUAUCCAUGCACUAACUGAUCUCUGUAUUCGAUACGCAAAAGCGAAACAAUGUCGACGAGACAGGACAAAUCCACGACGGAGCGCCACGCGAAGAUCCUCCGUGAGCUCGUGAAGCAGCCUGGCAAUAAGAACUGUGCCGAUUGCAAGCGAAAUGAUACACGAUGGGCAUCAUGGAAUUUGGGUGUCUUCCUCUGUAUCCGGUGUUCCGGUAUUCAUCGUUCAAUGGGGACGCAUAUCAGUAAAGUGAAGUCUAUCGAUCUCGACAUAUGGACGCCCGAGCAAAUGGAGUCAAUUCAAAAAUGGGGAAAUAAGCGUGCCAACAUGUAUUGGGAGAGGCAUCUCAAAGCGGGGCAUAUACCAUCUGACCACAAAAUUGAGUCCUUCAUUCGGUCAAAAUACGAGACUCGCCGUUGGGCAAUGGACGGACCUCCUCCACCCGACCCCAGUGUUCUCGAGAAUGAAAGCACUGGGGGUGUCGUCUCUCCCCCACCCCAUCAGACAAAAUCCCCUGCCCCUAUUCCUUCCUCCACUUCUUCCUCUGCGGCGCCCCCCGUCCCCGCCCAUUUACCCAAGACCCACCCUUUGCUGUCAAGGAGCAUAGCUUCCAGCAAAGCCACCCCUUCCAAGCCUACAUCUGCCGUCCAAGCGCCUAUCAUUGAUCUCUUUGCUGAUGACCCAGCUCCUGCACCUGCGGCUGUCCCUGCUGCCAGCUCUAGAGCACCUGCACCAAUCGCUACUGCACCUGCCCCUGCUCAGCCCGCCCCUUCCUCAGCUUCCAAUAUCUUUGACCUCGACUUCCGUACUCCCUCUGCACCGCCCCUUUCCAACUCCCCGCCCGCCUCUGGACCUAUCUCUAACAAAUCCCAAUCAGCCAAAGCGGACAUCAUGUCCCUCUUCUCGUCUCCUUCCCCUUCUGCCAUCCAAUCCCAACAACCCAAUUUGACAGGUGGUUUCUUUAACGCUACACCAAGUGGCGUCCAAGCUACAAGCCCCUACGCCUCUUGGCAAGGUGGUAUCACCUCUGCCGUGCCUUCGGACGGGACUCAGUUGGGGAUACCAGUGGGUAAUAAGUGGAGUGGACUGCAAAUGGACCAGAACGCCUGGGGCGCUCCCCAGCACGCCCAAGCUACGCAGAAGACCCAACCCACUCAGGCGUACGCUCAGCCACAACAACAACAAAGCGUGAACAACAUUGUUUCUGAUCCAUGGACACAGGCAAAAACCUCUAUGGCUUCCCCUUCUGACCCAUGGGCUAGCACGUCUAGUGGGGAUGCCGGUAUGGGCGGCGGAUUCUUUGGGAUGAACCAAGCGCAGCCCAAAAAGGAGAAGGAUGAGAGGGAUCCAUUUGCUAAUAUUUGGGCGUAGGAGGGUCCCCUAGGGAAGAGAUGGAUCAGCAUGAUAGAGCAUAGAUGCCUGUUGACAUGAGUAAAAGCAGGAAGU